AUGCCGGGGGGCGCAAGGCCUGCAAGUGCCACACCGAUCGUUCUUUCUGUCGCGGCAUCUCAGCAGCACCCAGACGGUACGGACCGCAACAAUGGUACAGGCAAUCAGGCGACGUAUGAGCUGUUGCAUGUACUGGGUAAAGGGUCGUUUGGCGUUGUCAUGAUGGCACGCGUAAGGGAAACAGGGAAUACGGUCGCUGUAAAGAAGGUUCUCUUCGAUGGUCGCCUGCACAAUCGCGAGCUCUUGCUUCUGCGUGAUCACCUUGGUCCCAACUCCGUCAGUGAGCAGCCUGUUUUAGCUAGCCCUGAUAAUUCUGGUACUGAAACUGUGAAAAACGAUCACCACAGCACCAAUAACUUAGCACUUAAAGCGGGGACCCCCCCAAUUGGGGAUGCAACGCCUACUCCUACGAUCGUGCCACAUCACCCAAGUAUUGUGAGGCUAUUGGAUCACUUUACUGCGUCAGGUCCCAACGGGGAACAGUACCUGUAUAUUGUGAUGGAUUACCUCCCAUUGGAUAUUCACCAGCUACAUAAUAUGUAUGUGAGACAGAAACAACAGCGAAUGCCAAUUAUGCUGGUGAAGAUAACUAUGUUUCAGGUGGCACGCGCGCUAGCCUUCCUGCAUUCGCGCGGCAUAUGCCACCGCGAUGUUAAGCCUAGCAAUCUACUGAUUGACCCAGAGACGGGAGUCCUGAAGCUUUGUGAUUUUGGCAGUGCCAAGGUGAUGCAACCCCCAGGCGUGAAUGGCCCACGAGAGAAGAAUGUAUCCUACAUUUGUUCCCGCUACUACCGCGCUCCUGAGUUGUUGCUGGGUUCAUUGUACUACCAUUUUCAUAUAGAUCUAUGGGCAGCUGGCUGUGUGCUCGCGGAGCUGCUUUGCGGCGAGGUGUUGUUUAAGGGGGGCAGUACGGUAGAUCAAAUGGCCGAGAUAUUCAAAGUUCUUGGGGCCCCAUCACGUCAGGAGCUUUUUGCACUCAAUCCACAGAGCGCAGAAGCUCUCCUUCACGCCAGUGGAGCGGACCUUGAAGUGCCACCUGCGUCGGCUGCGAGUGCCGCUACUAGUAGUGACUACCUGCAGCGCUAUCACGCCCUUCGCAUAAAGGCACUUCAAUGGCAAAAUGUGCUUCCACCCAACACCGCACCAGCUGCGGUCUCGCUGGUAGGCGAGUUGCUUCGGUACACGCCAGCUGAGCGACUCUCCGCCGCAGAGGUCCUGGAACAUUCUUUUUUUGACGACAUCUUUGCCGAGGAUGCCUGUCUACCAAGUGGAGCACCGCUUCCUGUCAGUAUGUUUGAGGUGACUGCUGAAGAAAUGGAGACUCUUCCCCACUGGCUUCUGGAGCGGAUGGCCUCCGCGGAGGCCUUUGCAAGGCGACGGCUCGCAGAAGCAGGUGAUGACGGUAAAAACAUGCCACAAAAGUGA